AUGUGUAAUGGGAACAAAAAAAUUUCCGAAGUUGUGUGUCAACAUUUUUGACAUUUUUUAAGGGCUGUUUAAGUUGCAAUAGUGUUUAACGUCCUUAUACACGGAUUAUGAGUGAAGUGCAAAUUACAAAGUGCGUCUAUGAGUAGUCAUUCUUCAUUUAAGUAUACAGGAUUUCCUCUAAAUUUCUCAGAUAUCUUUACACCGGAAGCAAGACUAUAACAAACUUCACAAGUGGUCGUUGAUGCAACACUAUAACCUGAAAGUAAUGGAAGAUUUAGGUUUGUGUAUAUUCUCUCAUAUUGGUUUAGCUUGCUUGUAUUUUUAUUUAAAUUCACAGCCACUCGAGAAGAGAAGAACUCUGCUAUUCCGACUUUCCUCUGUUGAACAGACUGUUGAACACUUCGCAUUUUGUUGUAAUUCGUAAUUGUUGCAAUGAAAUAUGUAUGCAUUAUUGGCUGACCUUCAGAACACGACUACACAAGUAAGACAGUACCAGCAUGUGGAAGGGUCCACUCGACAAGGGGACGUAGGUCAGCAACAGGAACCAGUACAAAAUCAUGCUCAGUACAGCAGUACUCACAGUGAGUACAGCUCACGAUACACACAGAGGUCCAGCGGCAGCGAGACACCACCACCACUACCGCCACCACCACCACAGGAACUUCUGGAGAAUAUUCCACCACCCAAGCAGUUUGAUCAGCCAAUGUACUAUGAGACGGGAGUAACAGAGACCCCCCCUGAGCCCCGGACGUCACAGUUAAGUAGCAAUCUUUCAGAGCUGGACCAACUCCUGCAGGAUCUGAACUCUGCUCAAUUCAUGGCUGAGGUGGACAAACGAAGCUCAGCAAAUCAACCUCUUCCAAAUGGUGGUAGCAAACAGCCCCCACCUGUGGCCCCCAAGCCCUCACGAGAGAAAAGAACUUCAGUGGAUGGCCUUUUGGACAUGUUAGAAGGGUCCGUACCCAACACACCACCCAGUAAUAACUAUAAAAGCCCGCCAUCCAAUGAUAAAUAUGAAUAUACUAUACAAUCGCCACCUGCUCAACCUCAGCAAACCACAAUUCAAGUCCAGCCUAAACCACAGGCCACUUCCACGGCAACCAAAGAGCUGGACGAACUCAUGGCGACACUGUCUGGAUUCAAGGUCAGUGGAAACUCGCAUGAGAGAACACAGAGAUCACUCUCCCCAUCUAAUGAACCUCCUUAUGCCAAACCCCAGAAGAGGAAUGCCUCUCAGAGUAGUGUCCCUUCCACCCCAACCCCUGCCCCCCAGAGAGAGGAACUGGACUCCAUGCUGGGAAAUCUACAAGAAGAUAUGAAGAGUCAGGGAGUGACCACUAAAACGAAAGGUGUGUGUGGUGCCUGUAACCAGCCCGUGAUCGGACAGGUGAUAACAGCUUUAGGAAAGGUUUGGCAUAUAGAACAUUUCACCUGUGCUAACUGUAACCUGCCCCUGGGCACCAAGAACUUCUACGAGAGAGACGGAGAGGCGUACUGUGAAGAAGAUUACCACAAGAUAUUCGCUCCUAAGUGUGCCUAUUGUGAUGGGCCAAUUGUAGAUAAAUGUGUAACUGCCUUAGACUUGACUUGGCAUCCUGAACAUUUCUUCUGUGCUCAGUGUGGGAGGCCGUUUGGUGACGAAGGAUUUCAUGAAAAGAAUGGAAAGGCUUACUGCAGACAAGACUUCCUGGACAUGUUUGCCCCCCGCUGUGGAGGCUGCGGUCAUCCUAUCCUGGACAACUACAUCUCGGCCCUGUCCAGACAUUGGCACCCUGAGUGUUUCGUCUGUCGAGACUGUCACCAGCCAUUUGGCGGGCGCAGUUUCUUCGACCACGAAGGCUUGCCAUAUUGCGAGACUCACUACCAUGCUAAGAGGGGUUCCUUGUGUGCGAGCUGUCAGAAACCAAUCACUGGGCGGUGCAUCACUGCCAUGGGGAAGAAGUUCCAUCCCGAACAUUUCGUGUGCGCUUUCUGCCUGAAACAACUCAACAAGGGAACAUUUAAAGAACAGAAUGACAAGCCUUACUGUCAUCCAUGCUUCGUUAAACUAUUCGGCUGAUGUCGAUCAACUUUGUUAAACUGUUCAGCUGAUGUCACCACACAACUAUAGUCAACUUAUGCAGGCUUUUGUUAUGAUAUAUACAUGAAAUAUAUUGUAUUUUUAUAUGGCAUAUCUCUAUAUCUUUAUCUCUAUUUGGAAAUAAUUAUUUUUACAUUAAUCACGUUUUUUCACAUCAGCACAUUUUUUGCUUGUUAGUUAUAUUUUCCUUAGUUAAUGUUGUAGAUUGGCCAGCAAAAAUUUUGUUUUAGUACCGCUUUAGGCAGUGAGUUUCUGUUUAUACAAUAAUGAUGAAAAAAAUGAUGAGACAUCGCUGAAACAAAGAGUACCAGCUCUAUAACCAAAUGCUCUCUAUACAUGUACCAAGACAGUUCAUAAACACUGUAAAACUUUUUGACAAUAAACUGAAAGUACUUGCUCCGAACACAAAAAUCUGCGCUACUUCAUCGUAUUGCUUGAUUUCCUACAAUUGAAAUGCUUAUUUUGUAUCUAGCACCAGUGAUUAAACAAUUUUCAAAGUUAACUUUAUACAAUUUAUAUUAAAACUCUACAAAUCAAAUGAAGUAUACAAGUUUUCAUGUAUUUUUUUAUGAAAGGAAACAUUUUCUCUGAUAACUAUAAAGAUUCAUCAGUGCUGUUAAUGAAAUUAUCCCUAUUUUUUUAUUUUUGCAAGAUAUCCACACAUAAUUCUGGGCAUGUGUCACAAACACGGUGUGUCAAAGUUUAUUGGAGCAUGGAUCAUGUUAACAUUUAUAAGGCUUGUGAUAUACAGCAUUAAACUGUUUAUCCUGUCCCGAGUCUGGAUAAUAAACGCAGAUAUUCAA